AUGACUACAAAAACAUAUGGCGUGACAGACCCUGUCUCUUUGGCCAAUCCAACUCCAAGGGAGAAUAAGCUCAAUGACCUGUUGAUUGCGGAAUUACGUAACCGCAAUUCUUUUGAGAGCGAACAAGCUACCAAGAAGAGGGUGGAAGUACUUUCAUUGUUUCAAAGAAUGACUAGGGAGUUUGUCUACACCAUAGCGAGAAGAAAGAAUAUGAACGAUAGUAUGGCGCAUGAUUCAGGCGGAAAGAUUUUCACGUUUGGCUCGUACAGAUUAGGUGUCUAUGGUCCUGGAUCAGAUAUUGACACUUUAGUAGUUGUUCCGAAAUUUGUGACAAGAGAAGAUUUCUUUGAUGUAUUUGAGAAGUUAUUGCGCCAACGCCCAGAAUUAGAAGAAAUACAGACAGUUCCAGAUGCGUUUGUCCCAAUUAUCAAGAUGGUUUUUGAUGGUAUUUCGAUUGAUUUGAUAUGUGCGAGAGUAAACGCCGCACAGGUUCCCUUGAAUCUUUCACUUGAAGACAAAAAUUUAUUGAAGAAUCUUGAUGAAAAGGAUUUGAGAUCUCUCAAUGGUACACGGGUGACUGAUGAAAUCUUGCAACUAGUUCCUAAGACAACGGCUUUCAAGCAUGCUCUUCGAUGUAUCAAGAUGUGGGCUCAACAGAGAGCGGUAUAUGGAAACGUUUUUGGUUUCCCAGGUGGUGUGGCAUGGGCUAUGUUGGUAGCUAGAAUUUGCCAAUUAUACCCUAAUGCUGUAGGCGCAACUAUUGUGGAAAAGUUUUUUCAUAUUUACACCAAGUGGAAAUGGCCACAACCAGUACUUUUAAAACCCAUAGAGGAUGGGCCAUUGCAAGUCAGAGUUUGGAAUCCUAGAUUGUAUCCAUUAGAUCGCCAGCACAGAAUGCCUGUGAUCACCCCCGCCUACCCUUCCAUGUGUGCCACGCACAACAUUACAAUGUCCACUCAAAAGGUUAUUUUAUCUGAAUUAGAGAGAGCUUCAGAAGUGGUAACUCACAUAGCCUUGGGCAAAAAGAAUUGGUCGGAUCUUUUUCAACGUCAUGACUUUUUUCACCGUUACAAGUUUUAUUUAUGCGUUGUAGCAGCAACUUUGGGGUCCGCAGAAGACCACUUAAAAUGGAAUGGGAUGGUAGAAAGUCGACUUCGAAUUUUGGUACAAAAGUUAGAAAUGACAGAGGGGAUUUCGUAUGCCCAUCCCUAUGUCAAAGACUUUAGUGACGUAUAUUCUCUCAAGGACAGCAAUCUCGGAGAUAUUAUAAAUGCGUACGGAAGCUUACAAGGGGAGGAGUUUUUAAAGCCUCAUAUAUCAAAUACUGAAGGAGAAGAGAAAAAUCUUCAUUUGACAAAGUUAUUUAUUGGUCUUGAAAUUAAUCUCACGAAAACAAACCAGCAUGAUGGGGCGAAGAAGCUUGAUAUUCAAUAUCCUUGUUCGGAAUUUUACAAUUUAUGCAAAGGAUGGGCAACUUAUGAUAAGGAAAUGCAUUUUAUAAAUAUAAAAAAUGUCAAGCUUUAUGACUUACCUAAUGAUGUGUAUGUUGAAGGGGAACAAAGGCCAGUAAAAUCGAGCAAAAAACGAAAAGGCGAAGCUAAGAUCAGUACUCAAAAAAGACCACGAAGUACGGCGACUACUCCAAUUGCUGCUAAUAAUGGAAGUUGA